CUUAUUCUCUUAUUUACAGAAUAUACUCUUUCUUAAGAAAACCCAAGGUACCUCGUAGAAUAUUUAGUUCUAUUAGUUAUGCUUUCAUUCAUCGAAAGAUAUCAUUGGACAUAGUAUUUGUUUCUUCCACAUCUUAUCUUUUCUUGAAAAAUGAAUGGUCCGCGAGAAGGAACAGUAAUAUCGACCCAACCGAAGGAACUCGCUUUCAUUUUACUCUCUUUUUUCCUUCUUUUGGAAAUGUUUCAGAUACCAGAUCUAAUGAAACCACGUCGAGCAUCGGUAUCAGCAAAGACACGGAGACAGUCGGCAGUAGGAAUGCGAUAAUUGCAAACGGAGACACGUCCAAACGACGACGCCCGGUUUCUUCAAAGAACAGAAAACGAGACGUUACGGAUCCCCCUCGGAAAAACGACACCUCGAAGCAAGAUCAGGAAGACAUAAAGAAAAUGGCCGCAACCAAGUGUACCAGACUGAAGUCGAAACAAACUUGCUGCAAGAAAACUUCGAUACCUAUGAAACCCGAUAAAAAUCUUAGCAAUGUCGCACCAAAAAUGCAACAAUCGGAGCUCUAUUUGGACCUUGAUCAAAGAUUCAGUGUACCAUGGUACAACGCUCGAUCCCCUAAGGGUUCCACCUUGUCGGUUUGGGGGGACAGCCACCAAGAGCAGCUCACAGACGACGAAACACGUUCGUUCGCUACCCCGAGGGACGAUCAAAGCGAGCUGAGCUUUUAUCGGCGUCUAAUCGAGGGAUCCAACGAUCCUUUGGCCCCGACCAUCCGAUCCUCCGAAACUGUACAUCAGCGAGAGCUACAGGACACGAACAUCCUCUCCUUUUCCUUGGACGAGAGAGUUAAGCAACUGUCUGGCGAUAAAUCGAAGAAGAGCGUGGGCUAUCGGCCGUACACCAUCGAGGAAUACAAGACCUUGUCGAUUCCGAAGCUCGAUCGAUCUCUUGGGCCCGAUAAAGUCGAGAUGCAAGCGAAGAGAGAGUGGCUGAUGCGGCGAAGGUCAUACGGGAAUUCAGUUAGUGCUCGUAAUUGCCAACGAAUACUGAUGCAAGCACAAAAACUCAAGACGCAAGAUGACUCGAUGUCUUCGAUGAUAACCGACGGCCGAGCAACCUCAAAGGACAGAAACGCAAAUUGCAGCAGAUACUCAAAACGGAAUCAGAAGUUUGGCUGCCGACCAUGGAACCUCAGUCUGAAAAGCGUGGUUGUUCUGGUCCUGUCGAAUAUGCUGUUGACUUUCCUGUUGCUGCAGUCAGAAACCUGUAUCCCGGACGAAGUGCCCAGAGAUAUGGAAUCAAACGUCAUAACCGAAUGGAAUCUUGGCACCUUAAUCAAGGAGCAACAACAGUCGGACUGCGUAACGCAGGAUUACCAACCGUUGCAAGCUGACGCGAGCAGCUUGAAGCUGAACGUAAGGCUAGGUCGAUGGGACGCCCGUAGAAUGUUCCGGACUUUCGACCACGUUUUGGUCGGUUCGAGUUUCAUCGAAUUAUCGCAAGCUUACCGGGUUUGUUUGGCUACCCAGAGUUCGGUGGAGAAGCUUCACUCGUUGGUGCAGGCUGCCCAUCACUGGACAGGGCCGAUGUCGGUAGCCUUGUACGCUGCCGGUGACGAAGAGUUCGACGUUCUUCAGAAGUACCUGGUCUACCUUAGAAGAUGCUACGAACCCAUAAGGGAAAGGGUGUCGUUUUCCUUGGCCGUGCCGAGGAACAGGCCGCCGAAGAAGCAGCCGGUGGAUCACGAACUACCCGACACCGUGGACUGUGCCAAACCGGAAGGGACGUUGAACCAGCUGAUGAACGGGAUCUCCAACGAGCAGACCAAUUGGCGGAUACACAACGUCUAUCCUCAGAAUCACAUGAGGAACCUAGCUAGAAAGAACUGUCAGACCGACUACGUGUUUCUGACAGACGUCGAUAUUGUGCCGAGCUACAAUUUGACCGGGGCUCUCGACGAGUUCCUGAGAACCGAUAGCUGUGAUAAGUGCGCCUACGUGAUACCGACGUACGAGCUGGACUCGCGCGUCAGGUUCCCUCAGAAUAAAACGGAGCUGGUCCGGUUGGCGAGGAAAGGGCUGGCCAGACCCUUUCAUCAGAAGGUCUUCAUCCACAAUCAGUUCGCCACCAAUUUUACCAGAUGGAUACUGGAUACCGCUCUGAAUCAUAGGAAUUUUGAAAACGUGAGGAGCGGCAAGGUGUACAUUAGCCACGACGUGACCAAUUUCGAAUUCCUCUACGAACCUUUCUACGUGGCUAGAGAUAUUGUUCCACCACACGAUGAGAGAUUCAUGGGAUAUGGGUACACGAGGAAUACGCAGGUUUACGAGAUGUACGUGGCCGGUUACCAGUUCAAGGUCCUCUCGCCGGUUUUUACCGGGCAUUGGGGUCUGCAGACGAGAAAAACGAGGCCAGCAUGGCGCGAGCGACAGAAUAGUGCCAACAGAAAGCACUUUGAGACGUUCAAGAAAGAGGUUUUUGCUCGGUACAUGCGAGAUCCUUUAAAGAUGAUGAAAAAUGCUAACUGACGAAAAGCUCGUCAGAGAUUUCGCUGAUCGAUCGCGAGAUCCUGAUCGCCGCGCCGUCCCUUUUAUUCGUCACGAGGCCAUCGUCACAAAUUGAGACAACCAUUUUGUCCUCUUUUUCUAUGAACGAUUUCUACCCUCUCACGUUAUCUACUUUUAACCUUUCGUUUCUUCGAAAGCAAAAUAAUUAUGUUUAUAGGUUAAAUUCUUCAUCAUAUCAGUAGCAUUAUUAUUAAUAUUAAGCAAUAUUGUUGUUAAUGAUUAAU